AUGGAAGAAUCGAGAGGCUUUAAAGAAGAAGACAACCCUGGUAGCCUAUCGGAUUACUUCAGUAAGGAUUGCUUCCCCAUAGAGGAAUGGUUCCCUGACGAACUCGCAUACACUGCAGAUAUGUUAAGGGAUACAGCAGCGAAUUUGUCGGUCAAACCCACAGUCAACAAAUACCCUAGUCAGACUCAUGAUAUCGAGUCUGAUACACUAGGGGUGAAAAGGUUUGGGCAGCAACAUUGUGUUUGGGUAACACCUCAUACCAGUACAAGGGUCAUUCCAUUCGGGUUGGCUUAUGGACACGAAGCAGUUUUACCCUUAGAGGUCAUGGUCCCAUCAUUACGAGUCACGCAUCAAUCUCAAUUGAGCCCGCCCGAGUUCAUGGAAGCAAUGUUGGCCGAACUUGAGGGAUUGGAUGAGACUCGUGUCAAAGCUCUUAAUUCAAUAAUGGCCAACAAAGCGGCCGUCGCUCGAGCAUACAAUAAAAAGGUUAAAGGAAAGGCUUUCAAAGAGGGAAAUACAGUCUGGAAGAUGGUUCUGCCCAUCAGCCAGAAGGACCGAGCGUUAGGAAAAUGGUCCCAUACAUGGGAUGGGCCAUAUAUCAUUGAAAAUGUUCUAAGGGGAGGGGUUUACCUCCUUAAGGAUUUAAGUGGCGAUGUUGCACAAGAACCUAUAAGCGGCAAAUAUCUAAAACAAUACUUUCCUCCAUUGUGGGAAGUCAUUAGAAAUUGA